AUCUCGAGUUCCACUCAAAGAUUCCCCUCCCCCUCCACUACAUUUGACUGCGUCUUAACUGCAAUUUUGCUCAAUUAGUCUUACCACCGCAGUCUCGUCGUCCACGCCUCCAAUUCCUCCUUUCUUUAUCGCUUGACGCUGCACUCUCGAGCAACUUCCUCUUGACGUUACGCAGUUCCUUCCAAUUGCAAAUAUGGGCUCCGUCGCUCAAUCAUCCAGCUAUGCCUUGUCCAAGGCACACAAGGACAUGCUCGAGACCUCUCUCGUCGACUCGGACCCAGAGAUCGCAGAGAUCAUGAAAAAAGAAAUCAAGCGUCAGCGAGAGUCCAUCAUCCUCAUUGCCUCUGAGAAUGUCACUUCCCGCGCCGUUUUUGAUGCCCUUGGCAGCCCCAUGUCCAACAAAUACUCCGAGGGAUAUCCUGGUGCUCGAUACUAUGGUGGAAACCAGCACAUUGACAGUGUCGAACUCACUUGCCAGGCCAGAGCCCUAAAGGCUUUCCAUCUCGACCCUGAGAAGUGGGGCGUCAAUGUCCAGUGCUUGAGCGGUUCUCCUGCCAAUCUUCAGGUCUACCAGGCCAUCAUGAGACCCCAUGAUCGUCUGAUGGGUUUGGAUCUGCCCCAUGGUGGACAUUUGAGUCACGGAUACCAGACACCACAGAAAAAGAUCUCUGCCGUGUCCACCUACUUCGAGACCUUCCCAUAUCGAGUCAACCUUGAGACCGGCAUCAUUGACUACGACCGCCUCGAAGAGAACGCUCUGAUGUACCGACCCAAGACCAUUGUGGCCGGAACCUCUGCCUACUGCCGUCUCAUCGACUAUGCUCGCAUGCGCCAGAUCGCAGACAAGGUCGGAGCAUAUCUUGUGGUCGACAUGGCCCACAUCUCUGGCUUGAUCGCCGCUGGUGUCAUCCCAUCUCCCUUCGAACACGCCGACAUUGUCACUACCACCACACACAAGUCCCUCCGCGGUCCUCGAGGAGCCAUGAUCUUUUUCCGCAAGGGUGUCCGCAGCACCGACGCCAAGACCGGCAAGCAAGUCCUGUACGACUUGGAAGGACCCAUCAACUUCUCCGUCUUCCCUGGUCACCAAGGUGGCCCCCAUAAUCACACCAUCACCGCGUUGGCCGUGGCCCUGAAGCAAGCCGCUUCCCCCGAAUUCAAACAAUACCAAGAACAAGUCGUCAAGAACGCCAAAGCACUCGAAAACGAGUUCAAGAGCCUAGGAUACAAGCUGGUCGCCGACGGAACCGACUCACACAUGGUCUUGUUGGAUCUGCGCCCCCAAUCCCUCGACGGCGCCCGCGUUGAAGCCGUCUUGGAGCAGAUCAACAUUGCCUGCAACAAGAACAGUAUUCCCGGAGACAAGUCGGCCUUGACCCCAUGCGGAAUCCGUAUCGGAACGCCAGCCAUGACAUCGCGAGGCUUUGGCGAGGAGGACUUCAAGCGCGUUGCCGGAUACAUUGAUUCAAGCAUCAAGUUGUGCAAGAAGAUCCAAUCCGAGCUGCCCAAGGAGGCCAACAAAUUGAAGGAUUUCAAGGCCGUGGUCGCAAAUGAUUCAGUCAAGGAGAUCCUUGACUUGAGACAGGAGAUUGCCCAAUGGGCCUCCAGCUUCCCUCUCCCAGUUUAAAUCAGUGGACGGGACUUGGGACAUGGGACAUGAUUGUGUCGGAAUGUCUUUGGUUAUGAGGCGGCGUCCUCCGUGCUUUGCUGGCGGUCGAGGUGAUUUGUUGGAGAAGGGGGGUUCAACGGAAAUAUUGUAGGCGUCUCAGACCUGUUGAUGCACCCACAGGCUGGCGUAGGUAUCUUCAACGAUACAAAAAGCAUAUUCAAUCCGGGAUGGUGAAUUGUGUGCGUGCAUGUCCUUCUUCUCCAUGGUUUAAAUUCGUAAUUGUAUGACCGAUUUAGAGGUCUGGGUAUGAUGGGUUGUCUUCAGCGUUCAG